GUUUUUGGCGGUGGGCGGGAUCUUUCGGCUGGGCUUCGUAACAAAUGUAGACGCAGCAGCUGCGCUGCACAGAAGACCGAGCAAUCGGCUUAUAGAAUAGAGCUGCGUUACAAGCUAAAGUAAAAAAACGGAUCGGCGGCCGUUAUUGUAGCAGCGCGCGCGAGACGGUGGAUUUACCUCAGAGAAACCGAACCGAACACCGCGGAUAAUUCACCGGAAUAUUACGUCUUUACGGUGAGCAGGAGAACCGUUCACCACACACCGUCACCCGCUCGGUUCACAGAUCACGGGGUUCUCGGAUGGAGCGGAACACCGAGGCGCGGAGUCACGGAUCGCGGUCCCGGUGUGAGGAGCUCCUCCGCGGCGACGCGUCCAUGAACGUAUCGAUCAGCUCCACCACCGGGAGCCGCUUCGAGCUGUCCGUUCCGCUGGAGGAGACCGUGGAGGGGCUCAACCGGAGACUGUCCGAGAAGCUCCGGGUUCCGAGGGAGCGACUGCUGCUGCUGCACCGAGACACGAGGUUAAACUCAGGGAAACUGCUGGAUUUUGGUGUGGUUGACGGAAGCAGACUGACGCUGGUGCCCACGGUCGAAGCCGGACUGAUGUCGCAGUCGUGCCGCUCGGAGCAGUCGGUCCUGCAGGCGCUGGAGACUCUCACAGACGCUCAGGUCAGUGACUUCCUGUCGGGACGGUCCCCGCUGACCCUUGCCCUGCGUGUGGGCGAUCACAUGAUGUUUGUGCAGCUCCAGUUGGCGGCUCAGGCGUCUGGAGGACAGCCAUCCCUUUCCAGGGUUCCUGCGGGCCCCAACCAGACGCCUACAGGGGCCAUCAGCAGUGGAGACCCCUCAGUCUCACAGCAGCGGCAACAGGACGUCUUUAAGAGCCGCACUGCCCCGCCCUCAUCUCAUGAUUGUCACGCCCACAGCACUCAAAGCCCCGCCCCUGCUCCGCCCUGCAUUCAGGCUGAAGGCAGCACUCAGAGCCCCAGACAGCGAUGCAAACCCGGCGCCGUCAUCGAGAGCCUGGUCAAUCACGCGCCGGGAGUUUUCUCAGGAACCUUCUCAGGUACUCUACAACCCACCCUUCAGGACAGCAGCGGGCGUCCUCGCCGCGACAUCAGCACCAUCCUGCAGAUCCUCAACGACCUCCUGAGCGCCACACGGCUUUACCAGAGAUCUCCUACGACGCUGACGCACCUCCGCUGCCCUCCGGCCACUCCUACCUCACACACACACACGCCUCCACCCUCACCUACCUCGCCUCCACCCUCACCUACCUCAGACCGGCCGCGGCCACAGCCACCUGCACACCUGCGCAGGCCCUCCGGUGAGCGUCUGCGGCAGACGGAGAAUAAAGCCAUGCGCUGUAAGGUGGAGCAGCUGCAGCUCUUACUGCAGCAGAGGCGUCUGCGGAGAAAGGCCCGGAGAGACACGCGCGGCCCGUAUCACUGGAUAACCCAACGCCAGAACCGGUCCAGCGACGCGUCGCUCCGCCUGGACUACCAGGAGCCGGUCUGGAAGCCCGACGGCCCCGCAGACAUCAACCCGGAGUUUGUCGUGGUUUGAUGCACGCAAGAAUGAAAGCGUGACACGACACGGGCAUUAACGGCCGACUGACACGCAGUCCCUCAGGAGCCGCUUUAGGGCUUUCACGGUCGGUUUGCAGCGAUUCUCAGUUCACUUCACGGAUGUCACCAAUCGCAGGAUGUAGCAUUUUCACAUCAGGUGUUCAACUCGGUUACAUGAUGUUUUGCACACUUCACUUCUCUUCAGCAUUAUGAGAUUUUUGAUGCGUUUCAGAGGACAGACGUCAGUCUGAGAUCACAUUCAGACAGCUGAUUAUUUUCACCCUUAAAGAAUCCUGGAUUUGGGCGAAUCUCAUGAAAACGGCUCAUAUUUCACCCCAAAAUCAAAAGAAUAUGUAUAUUGUUUUUCAUAUAAAGAAAAUGAAGCCAUAGAAAAUAUUUCAUCUAAAACUCUCGUUUUAAUUGAGAACUAAAUCUAAAAAUAGAAACCAUGUCUUAUUAUCAAUAAAUACUAUAUUAUCAUUUAUUAGUGAAAAUUUUUCACAAACUGUAAUUUAUUUUAAAAAAAGAAAUUCUAAAUUAAUACCAACUUGUAGUAAUUUUUUGGUUUUUUUGUAUUUGUGUGUUUUUAAUGCAUUUUUGUUUCUGUUUGUUAUUUUUGUACAUCAAGUAAAACUUGAGAUAUAAUUUUUUUUUUUUUUUUGUGCUUAAAAAUAGGCUUUACUACUUUAUGAAAAAUACGAAAAAAUGCUUUUAAUUCUGGGAUGAAAUAUGACCUGGACAUGUUUUGUGAGAUUUACCCACAUUAACUGAAUAAAGAGUCAUAAUGCAGCAUUUUGUUGUGGAUUAUUUCUGAAGUCUCUCAGACGGUAGCCGGUGUCUGUUUGUGUGGUUUAUUUGAGUCAGACACUGAAUCUGGACACGGACUGUGUUUCUCACGGACAAACCUCUGAUCUGGAGUCGAGGGCGCGUCCGAGUCAUUCUGAAAGCUGAAGUAAGGCUUUCAGAUUUGGUUCUUCUGCUGGACCGCGUGUGAAAGAAGACGUUUGCUGUGAUUUGUUCCGUGGCCUUAUUUCAUCUGUAAGGAACAGUGCUGUGUGUGGAUUCCCUGAACUCUCCUGUGAACAGAAUGUGGAAUGACGUCUCUCUGAAGAUCGUGAUCUGAUGAGUGAUUGACAGCGUCUGCUCUCACACUGGAGUUUGAUGAAGCUCCUCACGUCUGUCUCGUUUUGUCUGUUUGCAGCACAAAUAUCUUCAUGUAUCAGAUGGCUGUCAUCGCUCGGCGUGAAGCAGGACUUCAGGUUCACGUCGUCUGUCGUUUCAGAAAAGUGUGUAGCACAUUCAUACGACUGUAUUAAUUUAUAAACUCAUCUGGUUACUGUGAAACAUUCUGUGCUUUAGUUUUUUGUCGCUUUUCUUUCUUUCUCAUGUUUGUGUUUUUGUCACAGUGUAAACUAUAGCGUUCAAAAUGAAGAUGCAAUAAAUUUGUGGCUUGUAAUUUAGUUUUUAUUUCUUUUUAGGAAAUAAAGUAAGGUUAAAAA